AUGCGACUUCUGAACGAUGCUACAUUUAGGAGCAUUCCGGCAGAGGAGAGCUGCUGCUUUCUGAACCAUUUGUUGAGAUUCUACGUGGAGAACGUGUUCAAACACUACACCCCAACCAGCGACCUUAUCAAGAGGAAGACGAGCAGCCUGGCUAACUCCUUCCUCAGCGUCAAGAGAGAUCUUCGACAGUGUCAUGCCCAGAGGAAGUGCAACUGCGGGGAACAAUCCAGAGCUCAGAUAAAGAAGAUCCAGAACGCAUUUGAAAUGCUGGAUCAAAGGGCGGCUACUGUCAAAGCUUACAGCGAAGUGGACAUCCUUAUACGUUGGAUGCACGGAUUUCAAAGGAACUGA